AUGGCCGGAAAGGUGCCAAUUUGUUGGGUUUUAUGGAUCCUCCGCGCUUCUGCUUCUGCCGCCACCAAUUAUAUCCGAUUUUAUUGAUUUUGGCUUUUAAAACUUGAGAAUUAGGAGUUCUAAAUCGGGCGGACGCCUGAUAUCUUUAAAAAGCACACAAAAACAUUGACCGCGUAAUUCGAGCCGCGCCUCUCGCUGACUGACCACCCUUUUCUCUCAAAUUACCUAAAUACUUCUGCCCCUUUCGCUUGUUAUUCACCCGACUAAAGAAACACAAAUAGUAUUAUUACUUUCUAAAUGCUCCCAUUAUUCCACCCCCAACGCAGUCGCUCCCAUCAUCGAAACUUCCGGAAUUGGCCGCCAAUUCCUUCGGCUCAUAAAGCGAAAAUCUCCAUCGACAGGGUUUUUCUCGCUUUUUUCUCGCCUUUUUCUUGACUAAUUGGCCAUUUUUCAGCGCUCACACUCGUUGGGCGGAAGUAGCAGCAGUCCGACUGGCUCGUUUUCGUCCACUGACGAGUUUGACGAUCGCCAGAACAAAAAGUGCGUUUUUUUCAAUGCAAAAAUGCGAAAAUGGUGCUUUGUUAAAAGGCGCAUGACGAAAUUCGAAGAAAUUUAGCCAUGCGCCUUUAAGAAAUUCUGCUGGUUUCUUCAAAAAACAGACAGAUUUUCAGCAAGUUUUGGCGAGAACGACAUGUAUCGAACGCUGAAAUUGAGCGAAUAAUUGAGGAUUUCAUAGCGAAUGGUAUUUUAGGUAACUUGAACUGCUUAUAAAUUCGAUUUUAUCUGAAAGUUUGCAGAAAUGAGCAACGGCAACAGCUACAACCACCACCAUCACUUUCCGACGAGCUUGCCGAUCUCGUGCUCGUCGCACUCGAUUCAUUCGCAAUCGCGAAUGAACUCACUGAACGCGAAUCGCGAUCUUUUGUCGCCGGGCAACGACGUGAUCGUCACGCGGACAGUCUCUCCGUCGUUCUAUUCGCACGGAAUGCCGUCGCGAGACAACGUCUUCCGCAAAGACGACCACGUGCGGAUACUCGCGCAGACCACCGUCAGUUUCAGCUCAAAAUGGCUAAUUUUCUGUAAAAAAUGAUGAAAUUGCAGGACCCCGCAUGGUACCGAGCGAGGAAUUCGAACCAGGAAGAAGGGCUUGUCCACGCGGAUUGCGUCGUUCGAAUCAAGUAAGAAAGUGUGAAAAAACCCGUAUUUUACCAUAGUUUCUGUGUAAAUCAUGUAUAUUUUACCAGUCGGUGGCCUAAAAACAGUUCUAUGCGGCAAUUUUGCAGCGGUCAAUCGUACGACAACGGAAUAGUGCGGAUGCGUGCGGCGGGAUGCGAUCCGAGUGCCCCGUCCACAGCCUCGAGCACUUCUUCUCAUCAUUCGACCGCCGCACACAAUCAGCCGUGGUUCCACUCGAUGAUCAGCAGAGAAAACACUGAAAAGUUGCUACGCGGCAAGCCGGACGGCACGUUUCUAGUGCGAGAAUCGACGAAUUUCCCGGGCGACUUCACUCUGUGCAUGUCGUAUCACGGCAAAGUCGAACACUAUCGGAUCGAGCAGACGUCGGGCGGACAGCUGACUUGCGACAAAGAGGAGUACUUCUCCAAUCUCACUCAGUUGGUUUCGGUGAGUGAAACAAAGAGGAGAGAUGAGUCAUAAACCGGUAUUUGAACGGAAAAGUUAUCAAAUUAUGUGUAUCAGCAGAGAAGAGCGGUAAUUAAAUCGAGAGAAAGGGACAGAGAGCGGACAGUGGUAGUCAUAAAAAGUUAAUAGUCUUUGCGCGCAGAUCAAGUUAACACUGCAAUUUCGGAAAUCUUUGAGGGAUCUCUCCUGUUUCAGCACUACAAACGGGACGCCGACGGACUGUGCCAUCGCCUGGUGACGCCGAUAAUCUGCGAAACGGCGACGUUCUCCUCAAACGGCUCCUCCUCGUUCGGCUCCACGUCGCCGACCGAUCUGGAGGAUCGGACGUCCGUGUUCCGACACGCCGGACUCGUGAUUCCGUCGAACGAGAUCGAGGUGGGCGACACGAUCGGACACGGAGAGUUUGGCGACGUUCGGCUCGGCACCUACAAGAAUCGGAAGGUGGCGCUGAAAGUGAGUAAACGGCACGGGAACGGAAUGCUCGACUCGCUCCUCGACGAGGCCAAGUUCAUGGUGUAAGUGCAAUAAAAUCAUUAGGAAACGCGUCCGACUCACUUUUUGUAGGGGACUAUCGCAUCCGAACCUGGUGACACUAGUCGGAGUGGUCCUUGACGACACAAAUGUGUACAUGAUCACCGAGUACAUGGCCAACGGGAACCUCAUCGAUUUGCUGCGAUCACGGGGGAGACAUGCUCUCGAGAGGAGGCAGCUCAUGAUGUUCGCCAUGUAAGUUCGGACCCUGCCGAUCGGAUUCUCAUCUUUCUCAUUUCCAGAGACAUCUGCCAAGGGAUGUGUUACCUGGAAUCCAAACAGAUUGUGCACCGAGACUUGGCCGCCCGUAACGUGCUUCUCGACGAGUCGCUCGUAGCGAAAGUCUCCGAUUUCGGACUGGCCAAAAAGGCGAACAGUCAGUCGAACGACUCGGCGUCCGGAAAGUUCCCCAUCAAAUGGACGGCUCCCGAAGCGCUCAGGAGUAGUGUAAGUUGACCGGAUUUCGUUGAUUUCGAAAGAAUAUAUUGUGUUCUUCAGCAGUUUUCCACAAAAUCCGACGUCUGGUCGUUCGGAAUUCUGCUCUGGGAGAUUUUCUCGUUCGGAAGGGUACCCUACCCGAGAAUCGUAAGUUAUCAUUCAGGAAUUUCUCGUUGUUUUUCGAACUUUCAAAAAAAAGUCUGCUCGUACUUGUGUUUUUCGGGGGGGCCUCCUCUCAUUGCAUUCGUUGAAUUUCAGGGUGCUGACGGUCGUUCGGUAUGUUAUUCGCAUUUAUUUUUGCGUUUUUGAAUGGACUCCCACUUCUAUCACUAUCCCUUUUCGGGGUUUCCGGUGAAGUUUCAGAAAUGUGUUCGAAAUGGAAUGACUAGGAGGGGAAAGCAAGCAAAUUCUUAUAAAUUAAAAGCAAAAUGCGUUUUCAGCAUAAAUUUGCUAUAAUUCUGAUGCUAAAGUAGUCUUUCCGAUUUUGUGAAUGCGUGUGCUCGAGUGUGAUCUCUCCAUUCCCCUUCUGAUCAUUCCCUCUCCUCGGUUUCUGACACUCUUUUUCUUCUUUCUCUCUCUCUCUCUCUCCACUUCUAUCAUCUAUCAUCUACCAAUUAUCCGACAAACAAAAACCACCCAACCAAAAAAGCAUUUUUCGAAAAUUGUAGCAUUUCCGUGCUUUUCAGCCAAUUCAAGACGUGGUGCGACACAUAGAGAAAGGAUAUCGAAUGGAGGCGCCGGAAGGAUGUCCGCCCGAAGUGUUCCGCGUUAUGAACGAAACAUGGGCACUCUCGCCCCAGGAUAGACCCUCUUUUGGACAGGUACUGCGGUUUUUAGGCGGAGUUAUAGAACUGAAAAAUGUUUCAGUCGGUUGGUUUCAGUGUCUGUUCAGCGAAAAUUAAGUAUCUCUUUUUAAAAAAGUAAUAUUAUGAAAUGGCGGUUAGUCACCGAAAUCCAGCUGGCCAAACACUAAAUCCCUUUCCGAAACCACCGUUAAUUUUGCUCGUUUCAGGUCCUGCAACGACUCUCAACAAUACGGAAUACCGUUUGA